UCCUCGAGUGAGUUUGACUAAAGUUGGUGUCAGUGCUGAAGAUUUCGAAAAGUAAGCUAGUGUCACUGGCGGAGAUAAAUAGCCAGUGGUUUAGGAAAUGUGAUCAUACAGGACUCUUUUGACUUUAUUUGGAGAUUUUGCCGAACCAGGGACUGCUGUGGACGGAACACGCCGUGCUGAAGCCAGUUGCCAUGCUUAGUCUACAAGUGUGGAAUAAUUUCAUGAUUCCUGUGCCUAUUUUGCGGAUUAUUUCACCAGUUUGAAUGUAACAGGGCUAAUACCAGCGAACAAGAGCAGUGGUUUACCGUACCGGAAUAACAGAGCACAUGUCUUCGGCUGAGGAGUGAAGUAUUUCUCCAGACUUGUGGACUAAAAGCACCUGACAGACACUUCUUCUUCCCCAGCAUGACUCUCGGGGCGCUGUCCGGAUCCCACAGCCCACCGGCUGUCAGCUUCUGCUCCUGCUGCGGGGCCAGGAUGGUGCCAUACUUCAGCGACAACGCGGUCAUGUCGAAAAAUCAGAUCAACCAGCUGAUCAGUGAAAGUUUCCUCACUGUUAAAGGCCCAGCUUUGUGCCUUCCUGGGGAAAAUGGCCCCACACCUACCUCUGCAACGUGCGCCAACCAGCAUAUGAACAAGCCCACAGAUGACCUUCAGAAACAUCUUCAGACCAUGUUUACUGUUCUGCGUCCGGAUGACACCAUCAAACUGGCUGUUCGUCUGGAGAGUUCCUCCCUUCAGGUAACACACUACAUGGUUGUCGUCUCCACCAACGGCAGACAGGACACGGAGGAAAGCAUUGUCCUUGGCAUGGACUUUGUCUCCUCUGAUAGCUUUUGCACAGUGGGUCUGGUUUUACCUCUGUGGAGUGACACAAGGAUACACUUGGAUGGAGAUGGAGGAUUUAGUGUGUCAACAGUGAACAGGGUUCAUGUUUUCAAGCCAGUUUCUGUCCAAGCCAUGUGGUCAGCCCUCCAGUCGCUCCACAAGGCCUGUGAUAUUGCUCGUUGUCAUAACUACUACCCUGGUAGCUUGUUCUUGACCUGGGUCAGCUACUAUCAGAGCAGGAUCUCAUCCAACCAAUUCUGCAUCAAUGAGUGGAACGCCAUGCAAGACGUUGAGUCACAUCGAGCCAAUUCACCAAUUCUCUUCACAGAUCUGCCCACGGAGAGGGAGCGUACAGAGAGGCUCAUCAAGCAGCGCCUCAGAGAAAUCAUGAUGCAGAAAGACCUGGAGAAAGUCACCUGUAAGGAGAUCCGCACAGAGCUGGAGAUGCAGAUGGUGUGUAACCUCAGGGAAUUUAAGGAGUUCAUAGAUAAUGAGAUGAUAGUCAUCCUGGGACAGAUGGACAGUCCCACUGAAAUCUUUGAUCAUGUCUAUUUGGGCUCUGAGUGGAACGCCUCUAACCUUGAGGAACUGCAGAACAAUGGAGUGCGCUACAUCCUGAAUGUGACCAGAGAAAUAGACAACUUCUUUCCAGGGAUGUUUGAGUACCACAACAUCAGAGUAUACGAUGAAGAGGCCACAAACCUGCUGGAAUACUGGAAUGAGACCUACAAGUUCAUCUCAAAAGCCAGGAAAGCUGGUGCCAAGUGUCUGGUUCACUGUAAGAUGGGUAUCAGUCGUUCUGCCUCCACAGUGAUCGCCUAUGCAAUGAAAGAGUACGGCUGGAACCUGGACGCUGCUUUAAAGUAUGUUAAAGAUAAACGCGCCGUCACUAAACCGAACCCGUCCUUCAUGAAUCAGCUGGAGGAGUACCAGGGAAUUCUGCUAGCCAGCAAACAAAGGCAUAAUAAGCUUUGGCGCUCACACUCUGAUGGCGACCUAUCAGAUCGUCCAGAGAAGAUCUCUAAAACCCCCACCAGUUAUCUGGGUCAUUCCAACUCUCAGAACAAAAACUCCUCUUCUCCCUCGUUACCUAGCUUUCUGGGUGUGGAGUCAUUGGGAGCACUCACUGCUGAACAUGAAGACUUUGUCACAUCAGACACUGCUUCAACCUCUGAUUCACACACAGAAUCAGCUGAUAUGUGUGAUCCAGCACAUCAGGAAGACACAGAAUCCAGUUGUGACCCACAAGCAGCCACUGUAGUCCUGGAGGAAAACUUAGACAUGCUACCUACUGUGACUGUAACUGCACCUCCAGCUCCUGAGCCCCAGUGUGCUCUGCAGAAUCAGCCCAAUGAACUGUCUUUUUCAACGUCCCAACACAAAACUCAAGAACUGUGCCUCAAGAUAUCUGAGCAGAGCAGCUCAGAAGAAGUCUCUGCUUUUACUCUGAAAUCCACUGACUCAGACACAAAAGAUCAAUCACUAACAAAUUUAAGGAGUGACUUACAAAACCACCUAAGCCCUGCAAAAAUCUCUCCCCCUCCCCUGGUUAUCCCCCUUGCUCCUACGGACAACAACAACAACAACAACCCAAGUGAGUCACAAACAGAGAGUGGUUUUGAAAGCCAUGGCGAAGUCAAAGGGUCAUCCAACCACAUUGUGGACACCACUGACUUCUCCAGCACCAGAGAAAAAUUACCACACCUCACCAAAGAUGCCAGGUCAGCAACACCUUCACAGCGAAAACAACAAAGAUUACUUCUGUCACUCGAGGAAAAUGGAGCAACUGUGGCUGAAAAUGGAGAGGAGCAGGGAAACAGGGUUUCUGCACAGUUUGAAGAUAGCCCUGACACACCUUAUCAGCCUCAACAUGACACCAGAGUAUCAGUUCGCCAUAUUGUCACAGAGAUUGAAGCCUCCUGCCUUCCUGCUCCCUCCUCAUCUUCGUUUCUUCCCUCAUCUUUGCACAUCCCUCAGCUACAACCAGGUGAUCAAGAUUCUGAAAUCACUAACGCUUCUCCUUUGUAUCCCUCGGCUCUCUCCAUUCUGCCAUGUGAUCUGCCAGAAGGCCUGGUGCGGCAAGCAACUGAGCAGCUGGAGCAGAAGCUGAAGCAUGAAAUAGAGACGGCUGCUAUCUCUCAGGGCAAAAUCAUGAGUGAAUCUGUGAAGUCCAAAGAGGGAGAGAAGCAAAUGGAGUUUAACACAGAGCUACAAAGACUCGACUCCUCGCUUACAGACAGUCUCCCUAAUCACUCAUCCUCCACUAUCUCAAAUAUUAGUAAAGACUUUUGUGUUUCAGAUAACUUUGAUAUUCAUAUACUGGAAUCAUCACUGGACUCCCAUAGUCAAUCAGAGGAAUUAGCCAAAGAUACCUCAGCCCAGUCCCAAACCCAAAUUCAGCAGCCUUGUUCAUACCCAGCAACUCGGGAAGUGGACAUGCAGCAGUCAGGUUCAGAUAAGAUGCUGGGGUCCCAUGGUGUGCGACCGGCCUUGGACCCUGGUUAUAACGGCUUCAGCAGGCUGACUUGCAGCAGCCAGGAGCUGAAGAGAAUUCAGCAGGCACUCAGAGAGCUGCAGGCCUUCCUCCAGAAGCAUGUCGGUCUGGAGACAACAGACAGCCAGGAAGGGGAUGUUGGACAGCUUCAGAGUUUAAAGAAUGUUAGCGACACUGAACUUAGACCUCGUGAAGGUACUGGUUCUGAACAGACUCCUCAAGGACUGCAUGAGGGGCAUUGCCACAGGGAAAUAAAAGGAACAAGGAGUUACCUGGCCCUGAAAGAGUGGUACAGAGCUGUGGAGCUUGAAGCUUGUAUUCGACAUGCCGGCCUCACACCCCCUUCUCUAAUGAAGAGGUCCGCUUCCUUAGCUAAACUGGACUCUCUGGAUCUGUCGGCCAAUGACCUGAGGCUGCACACCAGUGCCACAUCGUCCGACUCCCAAGACUCUUUUCCCAUAUCUCACCCUGACGAUGCCCUGAAGAAGCAGAAAGUGUUGGGACAAAAUAAAUUCAAAAUAGAAACCCAAAUGAGCAGAGAUGUGGUCCCUUCAUUCUCUUCAACAUCUGUCUACCCAAUCUCAGACUCUACUUGUCAUCCAGAAGGUGAUACUGGUAGGAGAGAGGGACAAGACAGCAGUGGAAGCGGGUCAGCCACUUCAGCACGUCAGCAGGGAAGGGGACACUCAUCAAAAUGUUCUCGCAAAGUUUCUGUAGAGCGAAUGUGAGCUAUCUCAGUGCCAUACAGUACAAUGUAACCUCAGUGAAACUGUUUGAGAGAAACUGAAUGAUGUUUGGCUGUGUAGCAUUUAAGCUGUAUCCUGAAAUCUAUCUCUGUAGUAAGCAAAGCUGGAUAAACUUGUCCUUAAAUUAGGGCUGUCAGACCACCUUAAAUUCUUAUUACUGAUCACUGAAUUUCAGUGGCUAUUAGCAAUAAAUCACAUGAAAAUAGAUUUUAAAAAGAAAAGAUUAAAUUGAAAUAUUUUAUAUCACAAGGUGCCAGUUACCUUUGACUUGCCAACUAAACUGUUUAACAGGUUUAUAUAUAUAUAACUGAAAUGAGACCUUUAAAGGAGCAGAAGGGUCCUUGUUAUAAAUCACUGUGAGAACAGCGAGAUGCUAAGAUGAGUAGCAUCCAGCUGCUGCCCCACUAUGGAAGCUUCUUAAUGCAUUUUUAAAAUUUCAGACCUUUUCUUAUUUUGAUUAAUGUGCAAUUACUGACAGCCCUUGUUUGCAUGAAAAUCACUGUUGUUUCAUCCUCAUUUAAGGUUAAUGUACAGUAUUGAAAUAAACAGCUGUUUUUAUGAUGCUUGUUUUCCAGGUUUUUAAAUAGCCAGAGGGGCUUUUUUCUAAACAUGCACUUUAUUGUUUUAGUGUUCUUUUUUGGUGAAAACUGUUUCUUGUAAAGGAAAUUUCUUUUGCACUGAUCUCAUUACUCUAUGUAUGUGUGCUAUUGUUUGUGAAGAAGAUGGCCAUUUUGUUUUUCAAAUUUUUAAUUAAACCAGAGCUUU